CAUUCAUUCUUCAAGUUACAGAGUCACACACUGAUGGCGGCAACAUCAACUGCUACCCUUCCAUUUUUCUCGUCUCCCACAACUAACCCUCAUAAACCCAUUAAAACCCUUCAAUCUCCCAACUUUGUCAGACCCUUUUCUGCUUCCAAGAGAAACCAUAUCGGCCUCUGCAGCUUAAGAAUUUCCCAUGUGAGAGCUGUAGCACCGAAGCUUGCCCACAAAGCUUUGGCUGUUUCUGGGUUGAUGAGUGGCAGCGAUUCUGAAACAGACGCAGAAUUGGAACAGAACAAUCUGAAUUCGGAUGCCACCAUUGACCUACAACUCCCAAGAAGAAGCCUGCUAGUAAAGUUUACUUGUGAUUUGUGUAAUGAAAGAACAAGCAAACUCAUUAACCGAUUGGCAUAUGAAAAGGGGCUUAUUUAUGUGCAGUGUGCAGGGUGUCUCAAGUAUCACAAGUUAGUUGAUAAUCUUGGCCUUGUGGUUGAGUAUGACUUAAGAGGGGAUAUGGAUUUGGACUCAAAUGCAGAUGAAGUUUAAUCUGAAAUUGAAUUUGUUGUGGUAUUUGAGUUACUUGAUGUUGUUGAAACCCGAAAUUCAUCUCCCUCAAUAUAUUGAACAUGUGGCAAGUACAAAAAAUGCUAAUGUUGUUGGUUCAUCU